CCACAGCCACACCUAUGAUAGGUAGUGGAAGGCUGACAAGUAAGCAGCAAGCGUGUUGAAAAGAAAGUUGUUGUAUUUGAUCAACAAAGGAUUCACUCUUCUUCGAUUAGGGCGGCCAUGGAAGGGUAUCUAAGGCUCAUUCCCUCCAAUGCCUCGUUAGUUUCUACCUACUCUUCUAUCUCAACAUCCUGGCUACUCUUCAAGACUGCAUAUAAUCAGGUCAUACCAAAACAGCUUCAAGAAUACGUUUUCUCAAAAUUCAGGUACUACUUCAAUCGUAACCCAUCUUAUGCCACUUUCAUCAUCGAGGACUUUUGGUGUGGACUUGGUCGUAAUCAGCUUUAUGAUGCUGCAAGAGCUUAUUUAUCUACUAAGAUUGGACCCGAGAAUCAUAAAAUCAAAGUUGGCAAGUUAGAGCAUCACAAGAAUGUGUCUGCCGCCAUUGUAGAAGGAGGAAAAAUUAUAGAUGUAUUCCAGGACAUAACCAUCACCUGGCGGUGUACCCAAGAAGAGCAAGGCACUAGUAUCGACAACUGGAAAAGCAAAAAUAAGACGAUGAUGCUUCAGGGCCAGACUCCCAGCAAAAGUUCCUACCAGAUAACUUUUGAUAACAAAUAUCGGGGAAGAGUUCAGAAUGAUUAUUUGAACCACGUUUUGAACACUUACGAGGCCUUGAUGCAUGGGGAAAAGGUUUUGAAGCUCUACACUCGGCUUGAUAGAUAUGAAGGUGAAAGAUGGAAAUCUGUUGAUUUUCGGCAUCCAGCUACGUUUGAUACCAUUGCCAUGGAUCUUGAGUUGAAGAAAGCAAUAGUAGAUGAUCUUGAUAAGUUCUUGGCAAGGAAAGACUUCUACAGGAGAGUUGGCAGGGCUUGGAAGCGUGGAUAUCUUCUGUAUGGUCCUCCUGGAACUGGGAAAUCAAGCCUAAUUGCAGCCAUGGCUAAUUACUUGAACUUUGAUAUUUAUGACUUGGACCUUUCCAGUAUUUCUUCUAGCGUUGAGCUAAGAAAGGUGAUGUUAAGCACCACUAAUCGGUCAAUACUCGUAGUAGAAGACAUAGAUUGUAAUUCGGAGGUGCGUGAUCGGUCAAAAAUUGAGGAUGAAGAACAACUUCAAGCCAAGAAACAUGCCAAGUCAUUCACACUCUCAACACUGCUAAAUUGCAUCGAUGGAUUAUGGUCGAGCUCUGGAGAAGCACGAAUCAUUGUGUUCACCACUAAUCACAGAGAAAUUCUAGACCCUGCAUUGCUUCGUCCUGGGAGAAUGGAUAUGCACAUUCACAUGUCCUACUGCACCACUCAAGGCUUCAGAGUCUUGGCCUUCAACUAUCUCGGAAUUCGUGACCACAAAUUCUAUCAAGAAAUUGAUGGAUUGGUGGAGAGUACAAAGGUCACACCUGCAUCUUUAGCUGAGGAGCUAAUGAAGAGUGAUGAUGCUAAUGUUGCUCUUAGAGAAGUUGUCAAUUUCCUUAAGAGAAAAAAGGGGGAAGAAGAUCAAAUUGAAGAAGAAAAUAAAAGACAGAGAACUGUUUGAUAAAAAUAUAAUAAUAGUAAUCCUGGCUAAAUUAGAAUGAGACUAUCAGCUUACUACUUUUUUUCUUCGUUUUGGUCAUGAUGCCUUAGAUCGAAUGAUUUGCAGAAAUUUUAUUUUUUUUUCUUUUAAAAUUAAUUUUUUUCAUUAAGUUAUAUAUUGUUCUGUUAUCUGUC